AUGAAACAAUUCAUAAUUUUUACCAUCUUAUUAUUAGUAUUAACAGUUCAACUUACUACAGCCAGUGUAUUGCCAGCAUCACCAAUAGAGGUUGAAAAAAGAGUGAUUAAUAAUGGAUUUACAUUGUGUGAACAAAAUACACCAAUAACUAUUGUUGAUUUUUUAUAUUCUCCGGAUCCGGUUAAGAUUGGACAAGAUCUCAUUAUGAAUUUAGCUGGGAAAAGCACAGUCGCAGUUGUUAAUGGAACAAUUGUUGAUAUUGUAGCAACUAUAUUUGGAGUUCCGGUUUUAGAAAAAAAAGAAAGUUUUUGUGAUAAUAUCGCCAAAUAUUCUCCCACUUUAACUUGUCCAAUACCAGCUGGUGACUUCAAUUCUACAAUUACUGAACUUAUACCAAAUGACGACAAACUUAAAAAUAUACCUGAAAUCUUUGUUCUGAUUGAUCCAGUAGCAGUAGUUUUAAUUUGUUUGGAAGGAACUGUUAAAAUUAGCCAAUAG